GUAUUCUUUCGAUGGCAUCCUGGUGUUUGGGCUGCUUUUCAUCUGCACAUGUGCAUAUCUCAAAAAGGUGCCUCGUCUGAACAGCUGGCUACUUUCAGAGAAGAAAGGGGUGUGGGGUGUCUUCUACAAAGGUUUUUAUCAUCAUUAAUCAUCUGCACAAACAUAGCCCUACUGUGAACCUGUGAUCCAGCAGACACAGAGCCACCAUGGGUCAGCGGGCCCGCAGUACUAUCCCACAAAGCGUUCCAGUGGUGUGCCUUGCUGCUUUACUCCUUGGCAAUGUCUUGCUCUACCUGUAUCUGGAUUCCAUGUAUCAGACUGAUGAUUACCCAGUGUUGUCUCAUGUGGGCUGUCUGCCUCAACACUUUAAAAUGGCAACCAUGAAAAACUGCUCUUCUUGGUUGCAGUGUCCACAAAUAAAUGCUGAAGUACACAAGCUGAAGCUCAUCGGUCAGGGAGCAGUUAAGAAGGUCUAUCUGGCAGAGUGGAGGGGUCAGAAGGUGGCUCUGUCCAAACUGUCCUCUCUGGAUUACCUAGAUGAUUUUCUCCAUGGAUUGUCCAUGUUGCAGGCCUUGCAAAGACCCCAUGUGGUGCAGUUGGUCGGGUUUUGCCUUGAGGACCAUACACUGGUCAGUGAGUACCACCCACUCGGCUCACUCCUUAAGCUAGAAAGUGUCCUUUCACAAGAGCGGCACCAGCACCACAACACUUGGCAAAUGCGGUUGAGACUGGCCAUAGAUUAUGUGUCCAUCCUCCAUUUCCUCCAUAACAGUCCAGCUGGAUGCCGGAUCAUGUGCGAUUCCAGCAGCUUGGAGAAAACUCUCUCUCAGUUUCUAUUGACCAGUGACUUCCACUUGGUAGUGAAUGAUCUCGAUGCACUUCCUGAGGUGGAUGCAUCCAGAGGCCUAUUUGCUAAAUGUGGACACCGGGAGCUUUUUGGGGACUUUGUAGCUCCAGAACAGCUGUGGCCAUUCAGGAACAAUGGCAAGCCAUUUUCAGAUGAUCUCAUGCCUGCUUAUGAUGAGAAGACUGACAUCUGGAAGAUCCCAGAUGUGACCCGGUUCCUCAUAGGAAGGGUUCCUGGAGGGGAUUUGGUCCAUUUCCAUCUUUUCCAGAUCCAUGAGGACUGCAAGAAACAAGACCCAAAUCUUCGGCCAUCAGCUCUUGAUGUGUUAAACGUGUACAAGUCAGUCUAUGCCAACAUUGUACGAGACAAGAAUGGACAAAGAGACAUGUUGUAGAAAUGUGACAAAAUGACAAUAAAUUGUAGAUCUACAGUGUUUCACAGU